AUGGUCACCAUCACCCAAGUAAGGCAAUCCAAUGCCCAACUCAGCGAGAAAACCAUACCACAGACCGUCCUGUUCGUCGGCGGGACGUCCGGCAUCGGCAAGCUCACCCUCAUCGAGCUCGUCUCCCUUGGCUUGCCCUUGAAGGCGUACAUUGUCGGCCGCAAGGCCACUGAAGCUGCCAUGAAACCGCUGCUCGAAGACCUCCGCCAGAAGAAUCCCUCGGCCAAGCUCAUCUGGGUCGAAGGGGAGGUUUCGCUCCUCUCGGAAACGAAGAGAAUCUGCGACUCAAUCAAGGCCAAAGAGUCGCGACUCGAUUUCCUCUGCCUCACGGCGGGGUAUGCUCCUUUUGGCGGGAGAAAUAAUACCACAGAGGGGCUAGACGUCACCCACUCACUGGAAUACUACGGCCGCAUGCUCUUCACGCUGCACCUACUCCCGCUCCUCCGCGCCUCCCCGGCCCCGCGCGUGCUCACCGUCCUCGCCGGGAGCAUGCUCUCCAGCAAGGGGGUCCUUUUCGAUGACCUUAACCUCGAGAAGCCGGGCAACUUUGGCGGGAUGCGGACGCAGACGCACAUGGGCGUCAUGAACACGCUCUUCCUCGACCGUCUGGCGGCGGAGCCCGGCAAUGACAAGGUCACGUUCGUGCACAACUGGCCCGGCGCCGUGGACACGGGCAACAUGGCGAGGUACCACACUUCCAGCACGUUUUCGCCGGUCCCGUUGACGACGCUGCUAAGGCCGUUGUUUUUGUUCAUGGGGUUCGACGAGAAAGAGGCGGGGCAGAGGCAUGUUUACAACGCGACGAGCGGGGACCUGGGCGGAGAUGGGCCGCGGCUCAGGGACGGGGUGGAGGGGUGGAGGAACACGAGGGGGGAGGAGGGGAAGAGAGGGCUGUUUUUGGUGAAUCACAAGUGCGAGGCUUGUGACAAGGGGAAUGUUAUGAAGAACUUGAGGGGCGAGGCGCAGGGAAAGGUUUGGGAGAAGACCAUGGAGGUUUUGGGGCCGUAUCUGUGA